AUUCUCAAUUUUCUCAUUUUUUUGUGUUUGUCAAACCUGUACGGACGGAUAUUCCGUGGAAACGAGAGCCUGUUUUUUUAACAAGUUUAUGGAUCUGAAGAGGGAUAGCUUGUAGAUUUUUCGUGCGAUAUCCAAAUUCAAUUAUGAAGAAAUGAUUAUGAUUUGAAAAAAUAUCAUUUCGAUCUUCUUUUUGGCUGUUUUCGCUUUCUGCUUCAGCUUUUGUAAUUAUUUAUUUCUUAUACAUUUUUUUUAAUUUAAAUGCUCCAAAUCUGACAAGCCAUGAGGAAGAAGCUCGACACCCGUUUCCCAGCUGCUCGAAUAAAGAAGAUAAUGCAAGCUGAUGAAGAUGUUGGGAAGAUAGCGCUAGCAGUGCCUGUUUUAGUUUCUAAAGCAUUGGAAUUGUUUCUACAAGAUCUUUGUGAUCGUACAUAUGAAAUCACUCUUCAACGAGGAGCAAAAACUAUGAGUGCAUUGCAUUUAAAACAUUGUGUACAGAGCUACAAUGUGUUUGAUUUCUUGAGAGAUAUUGUCAGCAGGGUUCCUGACUAUGGUCACGGUCAUUCUGAUCACUCUGCGGAUCAUAGACCCCUGCAAAAGAGGAAACCCAUUGGGGAUGAAUGCAAUGAUAGCGAUGAAGAGUCAAAGAGAAGCAGGAUGCAUGAAACGAGCCAUGCUGGCAGUAGUGGCAGAGGGAGAGGCCGUGGCCGAGGAAGGGGCCGCGGGCGAGGCAGUCGAAAUGUUGAACGAGAGUCUUCUCAUCGUGAGAUUGAAUCUGAGCCCAGCACAGCUCUUCAACAGAGCAUAAAAGUUAACUCAAAUCCUGGUAUUGCGGUGGAUAAUGGAUCAGAAUCAAAGGAGUUGUUGAUGGAAGAUGCGGUAGCCAGUGAUGGUGCCAAUGCAUCAGAAAGAAACUUCGAUCUGAAUGCUGAUGUUAUUGAGAAUGAGGACAGUAAGGCUACAGCAGCAGCAUCAGCAGCAGCAGCAGCAGCAGCAGCAUCAGCAUCAGCAUCAGCAUCAGCAACAUCACCGUCAACAUCAACAGCAACCGCAACAGCAGGAGCAGCAGUGAUAGAUAGCUCAGCAGCCGUGCCUGCUACUGACACUAACCGCGAAGAAUAUCCAGGUUGGUCACUCUCUGAAAUGGACAAGAUGCCCUUUGAUCCUCUUCAGCUUGCACAACUUGGCACAAGAUUAGAUGAAGAGGAGGAAGAUUACGAUGAAGAAGGCUAAUUGACCAGUAGUGAGGGCUUCUAGUAAACAGUUAGUGGUUCAGUUCUGAUUAAAAGGGUGUGAAGACAAGGGGAGAAAGCAGCAGAAGGUGAAGUGCAGAACAUAGCAUAUUAGGAAUGAACGCGUCUUUUGUGACAUCCUUUCUGAGAAAGAAUGGAAUGAAAUGAUCUCUUCCUUUUGUCUCUCUUUAUCAAUCUUCUGUCAUGCAAUCUCCUAAAUGUCAGUGCUAUAUCCUAACAACCCUUUCCAGUAGUAAAUUUGCUGAAAAUCUCAGAAAAAUUAGUAUGUGUGUUUUUAAUAUCUAAUGUAGGAUGAACACAGCAGCCCUGGCAGUAGAAGUUGCUGUUUAAGAUUGUCGUGUAUGAUUUCUUUUUCAAUUUUAGUGCAACCUCAUUUCAUUAGCAUCCUUAUGAAUGAAUGAUCAGCAACUUUCAAGACUA